AUGCCUGUGCGCUCGCGUGUGCAGCGGGUUCCACGUCACGAACUGGGGCAUUCCAUUGUAAGGAUACCUGCAGACGGCAGAUCGGUGGUCAGAGAGCGACAAGCUAGAGAGAUCGUGGAGAGCUUUUUUCAAGACGUCUCUCGAAUCAACGCGCAGGGCAAUCCGAUGCGAUUCCAAGUUGCCUCUACAGCUCUGACAAUUCUAAUUUAUGGCAUGAUUGUCCGACGUGUUUUGCAAAGCCGUCCAAACAGCAGGUGCGCCAUUUUUGUGCCGAGGAUUGCGGAUGCGCGUCGAAUAUGUCGUGAGUUAAGGCUUCUGCAGCUGCAAACGCAUUUGGUUGGUGAUGGUUCAUCUAGGAGUGAUCCAUUUGCCGCUGUCGUGGUUUGUGUGUCUGCCAGCGCACGCCAUCUCGCUGGGCAGCACUUCGCAGUGAAGCUCGUGGAUUCGGCUGAGCUCAGGCGCGAUGGUCUGGCCAGGAACCUCAUUACGUCUCAUGUGAAAGCCAGUAUGAGCGCAGAAUUCUCAUUGCACUUUGACAGUAAUGAAGCUGACUGUGCUUACCCCCUCUCGGAAGCACUCCGGGACGGACGUGUGCGCAGCUUGGAGCCGUACCUUUUGCUUGCGGACAGAACACCCUGUUUGGGCUCACAGCUCUUGAAGACGCUCUCUGCCAUACAGGUCGAUGCUGCCUGGUCACCGGUGUUAGUGGUGCUCAACAAGCCCAGGGACGCGCAGGCACUGGCGAAUGAGCUCCAGGCCCUGGGAGUGGCAGCAGCAGCGGCAGUCUCGCGGAGGCUCCGAGGCCAGCAGGUUCUCCAGGAUGUGAGAGACGGCCACGUGAAAGUCCUCUGCGUCUCGCACUGGAGAUUCGAGCGGUCUGACCUGCCUUCCUUCAGCACAAUAGUCCUAGCAGAGAGCUUGUCAGUCAAACCAUCUUGGAGAGAAGCGAUUAUUCGUGCACUGCAGCCUGGCAAUACCGAUUUCGGGGCAUUGAAGCUUGUUUGCAUGAUAACAACACCCAAGCCUGAGCUUCAGUUGACGCGAGUGCAGCAAGCCUCACGCAUCCUUGGAGCACUCAGCGGGACUGGAAAGCCACCAGAUUCAUGGCAGGUGCUACAUGCAGAUGGCAGCACAGGUGCCUGGACUCCAAGACCCCGUGAAUGGCUCGAGAGUCUCUGCAACUGGGUGCAGAAACAUGGCCGAAAGCCACACUGGAGUUCGAAGCGAGAGAAGACCAUGUUCGGCAGGUGGAGACAGGCUUGCAAGUACAUGCGCAGAGAUUGCUUGAAUGUGGCAGAAGUUGAGCUCAUGGAGCGGACUUGCAGCAUCCUGGCAGAGAACCCUCAGCGGUGUCCGAGGGACGUUCUGCAGGAUUUGUGCGACUGGAUUUGCACACACGGGCGACGUCCAUACCAGCUGAGCAGAGAUCCCGUUGAGCGCCGGCAGAGUUGCAGGCUAUCCAGAGCCUUGGCGCGAUUUGAGAAGGGUAGGCUGAGCAGUGAACAUGCCCAGCUUCUGGAAAACUCGCUGCAGUUCACGGUGCGGCCAUGGCUAGCCAGCAUGGUUGCCUGGAUUCGCUUUUUUGAGCGCCUUCCCUACUUGUAUGCUGCAGAGCCUGAUGAGCGAAUCCAGAAUCGCAGGUGGAAGAAAGCGAACGAGCUGUUGUCAAAAUGUAGGCUGACAACCGCUGAGAUGGAACUGAUGCGGGACUGUCAGAAUUGGAGGCAGGAGCUUUCUGAGAGACCGCGUGCCUGUCUCGUAGCCCUUCGGGCCUGGAUCCACGUGCACAGGCGGCAGCCGCAUUUUGGCAUGGCGAGUUCUGCCGAGGAAAGACUGCAGGCCGGUCGCUGGAAGAGGGCAACCCGGCAGCUGUCUGAGGGGGACCUCACUGAAGGUGAGGUCCCCUUGAUGGAAGAUUGCCAGAGGAUUGUGUCUUCUUCAAAACCCCGUGAAUGGCUCGAGAAUCUGUGCAAGUGGGUGCAGAAACAUGGUAACUUGAAUGUAGCAGAAAUUGAGCUGAUGGAACGGAUGCGCAAAAUCCUGGCAGAGGACCUUCAGCAGUCUCCGAGUAGCUUGAAUGUAGCAGAAAUUGAGCUGAUGGAACGGAUGUGCAACAUCCUGGCAGAGGAUCUUCGGCAGUCUCCGAGAGACGUUGUGCAGGAUCUGUUGGCCCAGGGAUGGUCAUGGGUCACAGAGCAACACAGCGCUGCACAUUGGAUCGCCAAAGCACUUUUGUCAAUCUCCGGUUUCGUUGUGCAAGUUAUGGUGGGGAGUCGUGUCUUCGUCCACGGCCUUGCCUCGGAGACUGGGGCGGCCCUGAACUUCCGCUGCGGUGAGGCGGAUGAACCUCCUCAGUGCAAAACGCACAGAGGGGCCUGUGAAGAGGCCUUGGUGGCUUACACCUUUGCGGGGCGAGGAAGUGCCGAUGCUAUAGGGGAAGUCCUCUCGCGCGUGCUGGGCCUGAGCCCAGUUGCGGUGGGCAAGGCGUUUGAUCUCAGCCUCGUUGCAAACUGCAGCCAAGUUCCGCCCUCCGCAAGGACUCAUCUCUGUUACGAGCUGAGCGAUGCGGCUGACGGCCGGAUCCGCAUCGCUGCUACAAGCGGCCCGGAGCUUGCGUAUGGUGCAGCUUGGUAUUUGCGAACGCGCUGCAACAUGUCUUUCUCCUGGAAUCGCACUGGCGGAAAUCAGGUUUCUGUCCCGAAGUCCUGGCCUCCUGUGGGAGAGACAAUCAUCAAGUACCGUAAGGUGCCCAUGAGCUAUUUCAACAACGUUGUCACUUUCAGCUACAGCUACGCUUGGUACAAGUUCCAGGAUUGGGAAGCCUGGCUUGACUGGGCUGUUCUGAAUGGGAUCAACUUGGCCAUUGCGUAUACAGGACAGGAGGAGAUCUACCGAAAAACUUUCAACACCUUCGGAGUCAAGGAUUCCGAGUUUGCAGCCUGGAGCAACGGUGCGGCCUGGCUGGCCUGGAGCCGUGGACAAUCCAUGCACGGAAUCGGGAGCAGCUGUGGAGAUGCUUGUAUGCCUUUGCCUUUAUCCUGGAUGAAAGCGCAAUGGGAGCUGCAGAAGCGGAUCCUAAGCCGUAGCCGAAGCCUGGGCUUAGUCUCCGUGCUGCCCACCUUCCAGGGGAACGUCCCUCCUGUCUUCCGACAGCUUUACCCCAAGGCCAACAUCAGCAAGACUGGGGCGGCCUGGCUGGAUGACUUGGACCCCUUGUUCGCCCAAAUUCAGAAGCGCUACAUGGAGACGAUGAUCCAAGACUGGGGAACAGAUCAUUGGUACGAAACAGAUGGCUAUUUCAACCAGAAGCAGGGCCCCUGGGCUCGAACUUCUCAAACUGGCCUCAGUGCAGAAAGUGUAGAAAGGCCGCGUCCGCAGCGUUGGCAGCGCCCUGAGGAUGUGCCGGUGGAUGCUGAUGCCUUUGCCCACGCAAAGGCGGCAUAUGAGUCCAUGAGCCUUUGCGUUAAUGAGAGCAAGGUUGAUCCUCAAGCGGUUUGGCUCUACCAGGGCUGGAUCUGGCGUGGCUGGGGGGAAGACAAAUUGCCCUUUAUGAAGGGCUUUGUUUCUGCGGUGCCCUCCAAGCAUUUUGUCAUGCUGGACAUGUUCGAUGAGGUUGAUCCAGAGUGGAACAAAUUCAAUUAUUUCGGCUAUUUCGGCACGCCUUUCAUCUGGUCUGUGCUACACAACUUCGGAGGCAAUACUGGAAUGUGGGGAAGCAUCCCAUCCUUGAAUUCUGGCUUCCCUGAUGCCUUCCAGCACACGGACAACGUGGCGGGAACUGGCGCUGCGCCUGAAGGUAUUGACCAGAAUCCCUUCUACUACAGCUUCGUCACAGAUCUGCCCUGGCAGCCUGGCCCCGUAGACUUGCAGCUUUGGGCUCAGAGUUGGGCUAGGCAGCGCUAUGGCCACAGCUCCCCAGCCGCAGAGGAGGCGUGCCAGCUGUUGCUGGGGUCUGUCUACGCCAAUGCCACCAAUGCCAAAGCCAUCCACAGCAAAGGCCCAUUCCAGGCUGAGAAGAAUGCUGACGGCCUCACAGCCCUGGCAUUUGGCGGAGGUCUUGCCACGCCGCAUGAAAGCUGGUACAAGCUCUCGGAUGUCGUGAAAGCCUGGGGCAAGCUGAAUGAGGCAGCUGAAGGCGGUGUCACCCAGACCAUGAGGUACGACCUCGUGAAUCUGGGGCGGGAGGUUCUUGGGAAGAUCUCCAACGGCUUCUUUACAAAGAUGGUCGGUGCUACAACGCCUUCAGAGGUGCAGUCGGCUGGGAGCUCACUGUUGCAAGUCCUUGCUGAUGCAGACCGUCUGCUCUGCAGUGACCAUGGCUUCCUGGCCAGCGCUUGGAUCAGGAGUGCCAAAACCUGGGCGAACGGCAAUGCUACGUUGGAGCGCUACCUUGAGCUUGCAGCGCGGAGCCUCACGACCGUCUGGACGCCACAGGAGCAGCAUUCUAGCUCCAUAACGACACUCUGCGACUAUGCCAAUCGUCAAUGGGCUGGCCAGGUUGGAGGGUUCUACACGCUCAGACACAAGUGCUACAUCAAGCAGGCCGUGGAGGACCUCACAGCCAAGAAGCAAGUCAACAAAACCGCGUUUGACGCGUGCGUUGCAAGUUCCAGCUACGAAUGGACCCACGACUUUGGAUCGGCAACAUACCCAAUGUGUGAGGAGCCAACCAGCGAUGUGCUGGGCAUCAGCAAGGAGCUGUUUGAAAAGUACGGCCGCUCUGAGCCAGAGACCAGUCUGUGGGAUCGGCGGCUGCUGCUGGGUCUCCUAGCUCUGCAGCGCUCUCCGGAACUUCGCGCUCUGCGGCCGCUGUGCCGCGAGCGCCUCAACGACGACCAGGGGCUCAUGCUACUGGUGGCCUCCUACGUCACGGAGCCUCCCAUGUGCCUCUUUCAGUUCGGCGGUUUCAUGCGGAAGGUGUGGCCAGAGCACUGGCGCUUUGCAGACCCUGCGAAGCCCGUGGCCAUAGCUCAGCCGCCUGAGUUGAGGCUCGACUGUGCAUGCUGCGAUAUGGGCCUCGGCAGAGUGUUCUUUGCAGGUGGCUGCGGGAAGCAUCCGGGAGCUUGCAGCCUGGACGAGUUUUUCAAUUCUGCAGAAACCUACGAUUCCCUCACGGAUGAGUGGUCAUCCCUCCCUGCAAUGCCUACUCGGCGGCAUGGCGCUUGCGCUUGCUUCCUGGAUGGCAAGGUGUACGUUCUCGGUGGCAUGCACCCUUACUGA